GAAGGAAAGAGAGAGAGAGAGAGAGAGAGAAGCAUAAAUACAAACACAAUACAGGCAUUGCUCAAUUCCCCCAUUAUUCUUCUUUGCAAUCAAACACACGAAUCUCUUCUCUCAUCCCAUUGCUUCAUCUCAACAUACCCUUUUCACCAAUUUACCUACCUUUUCCAACUUCGCUCAUCUUUUUUCUUUUUUGCCUUUUAUUUCUCUAAUGGACCCUAAGGAAUUGUUCUCCACCAAUCUCAUAGACGGCAAGAUUGUUGCCUCACACAUUGAGAGGCAAUGCAGUCCUCUUCCUUCUGUUAUUGUUAUUGGUGCCGGUAUAUCAGGGCUUGCCGCCGCGCGUAGUCUGUAUGAUGCAUCUUUUGAGGUUACUAUACUAGAGUCACGGGAUAGGCUUGGUGGCCGCAUUAAUACUGAUUACUCCUUUGGUUGUCCUGUGGAUAUGGGAGCAUCAUGGCUACAUGGUGUCUGCAAUGAGAAUCCCUUGGCUCCGCUGAUACGUGGUUUAGGGCUUACGUUAUAUCGUACCAGUGGUGAUGACUCUAUCUUAUAUGACCAUGAUUUGGAAAGUUGCAUGCUUUUUAACACAGAUGGUCAUCAAGUUCCCCAGCAAAUAGUCAUGGACGUUGGGGAAACUUUCAAGAGAAUUCUAGAAGAGACAGGAAAAGUAAGGGAUGAGGAUCCUGAUGACAUGUCAGUUCAACAAGCAAUUUCGGUUGUGCUGAAUAGCCAUCCAGAACUAAAGCAGCAAGGACUUUCCCAUGAAGUGCUACAAUGGUAUAUAUGCAGAAUGGAAGCUUGGUUUGCUGCUGAUGCAGAUAUGAUAUCACUGAAAACCUGGGAUCAGGAACACGUCCUUUCUGGUGGUCAUGGACUAAUGGUAGAAGGAUAUGAUCCUGUUAUUAAAGCUCUUGCAAAAAAUCUGGAUAUACGCUUGAAUCACAGGGUGACAAAGAUAUCAAAUGGGUUCAAUAAGAUAAUGGUCACACUUGAAAAUGGCACAAACUUUGUAGCGGACGCCGUUAUUGUAACAGUUCCUGUCGGAAUCCUAAAGGCCAAUUUGAUCGAAUUUAUACCGAAACUGCCUGAUUGGAAGGUUGCUGCAAUUGCAGAUCUUGGUGUGGGCAAUGAGAACAAGAUUGCCCUAAGAUUUGACAAAGUGUUUUGGCCUAAUGUAGAACUCUUGGGCAUUGUUGCACCCACCUCUUAUUCCUGUGGUUAUUUUCUCAAUCUACAUAAAGCAACAGGCCAUCCGAUUCUUGUAUAUAUGGCGGCUGGCAGGUUCGCGUAUGACCUUGAGAAGCUAUCCAAUGAGUCGGCUGCGAAUUUCGUAAUGCAACAGCUCAAAAAGAUGUUUCCUGAUGCAUCCGACCCAGUUCAGUAUCUUGUAUCACGUUGGGGAACCGAUCCAAACUCUCUCGGCUGUUACACAUAUGAUUUAGUUGGGAAGCCGGAGGACGUGUAUGACAGGCUGCGGAUGCCUGUUGGUAAUUUGUUCUUUGGUGGGGAAGCUGUUUGCAUGGAUGACCACCAAGGAUCUGUACAUGGAGCUUACUCUGCUGGGAUGAUGGCUGCUGAAAACUGUCAAAGAUACCUUCUAGAGAAACUAGGCCAUGUGCAAAAUAAUCUGCCUCUAGUUUCUGUUGUUAGGCAUGAGAUGCUUGAAACUACUAAUAUACCUCUUCAGAUCUCAAGGAUGUGAUUCUUUUUCUUCUUUUGGACAAAACUGAAAAUAUUUUUGGUUCAAAAGAACCAGUCAACAAGUCAUCGAUCAGAUGCACAUUGUUGUAGUUUAAAAACCU